GCGUCCGAGCGCUCCUGCUCUGCUGGACGGGCGGACGCCUUGGCCUGGGGCCUAGCGGCAUCCGGACCGCCCCGGUGCAGCCUGGGCUGUCUGUCCAUCCCCUCGCCAUGCCCGAAUUCCCCCACCCUUGCGCCGUGCGAUGCGCUGAGUGUUGACGUGGUGGCACAAGUACAUCCGUGUGCUCCCGUACCGCGUAGUGCGUUCGCCCUUGAUUUAGCAACCGGGGAGCCAGGAAUUGCUUUUUUUUCUGUCGCGGUCCCGCGUGUGCAGAAUAAUGUUUCCUAAUGUUUUCUCACGAGAAGCUAUGCUGCUGCCCACUGUCCUUCUCUCCAACGUGUCGCUCUGAGGUACCUGUGAACCAGAGCUGGCCAGGUUUGUCCUCGUGGACAUGAGCGGUAGUGUUGGGUGUCAGGGUCUUGUACAGUUCUUCCCUUGUCCUGAAAAUUCCUCCUCCGUUUUGAAAGAUCCCAGGAGCAUGAAAUGCUCCCUCCCACCGGUGGGAGAAAGGACACCGCUCAGUUUUGUUCUGAGUUGUCCUUACCCAGGCCUGCAGUGCCUCUGCUGUGUAGAGCUUUACUGAGCUCCUGCUCUGCCUUCUCGUCACCCUCGCCUGCUCGCUGCAUGCGCUGACACUGGAGGAAACCACCUGCAGGCAACCUGAGUUUGUAAGUCGGGCCUACGUGGUCGCUGUUCUCGUCCGUGUUUUCACUGUACUCAUUUUCUGAAUACAAGCGCUGAGCCACGCAGCUUCAGCUGCUCUCGUGGUGGCUUCCAGAGGCUUUGGAAGGUGUACACAGGAGUAAUUUGUCUUAAUUUCCUUCUGGACACACGUCUUUUAUUCCCAAGAGUAAUGUAGAUUGGAGACAGUCAGGAAGCAGCUGUUUAAAUUCAGUUGCGGAGAUGAAUCCUUCCCUGUGUACGUGGAUUUCACCUGCCUGGUUCUACCUCCCCAGUACAGUUACACAAGUGUUAAUGGAUUCCUAUGAAACCCUUGGGCCAGGGGGAGACUUUCCCCACAUGCACAGAGGCACCUAUGUAACGACUUUGCUAGGAAUGUGCAGGAAUCCAGAACCUGAGCCCAGAUCCCCAUCAUCAAAGCCCUGUACCUUGACUUUGAGAUGUCAUUUCUGCUCAUUGCUGUUUUAUGCUCCCAAGGUUGAACCAUCCCAAUGUAGUAAGAGCCUGUGACGUUCCCGAGGAGAUGAACUUUCUGGUUAAUGACGUUCCUCUUCUGGCAAUGGAGUAUUGUUCAGGGGGUGACCUCCGGAAGUUGCUAAACAAACCAGAAAACUGCUGUGGACUUAAGGAAAGUCAAAUACUUUCUCUGCUUAGUGACAUUGGUUCUGGUAUCCAGUAUUUGCAUGAAAACAGAAUUAUACACAGAGAUUUAAAGCCUGAAAAUAUUGUUCUUCAGGAUGAAGGUGGGAAGAUUGUUCACAAAAUAAUAGACCUGGGAUAUGCAAAAGAUCUGGAUCAAGGAAGUUUAUGCACUUCAUUUGUUGGAACAUUGCAAUAUUUGGCUCCAGAACUGUUUGAGAAUAAAUCCUACUCAGUUACUGUUGAUUACUGGAGUUUUGGAACGAUGGUCUUUGAGUGCAUUGCAGGAUUUAGACCUUUCUUACACAAUCUACAGCCGUUUACCUGGCAUGAAAAAAUCAAAAAGAAGGAUCCAAAGCACAUCUUUGCUUCUGAAGAGAUGAAUGGGGAGGUUCGCUUUAGUACCCAUUUGCCACAGCCUCACAGCCUCUGCGGUUUAAUUGUAGAACCGAUAGAAAAUUGGUUGCAACUGAUGCUGAACUGGGAUCCACAGCAGAGGGGUGGAGGUUUAGAUCCUGAGACCAGUCGUCCAAAGUGUUUCCUAAUAAUGGAUCACAUACUGAAUUUGAAGAUAGUACACAUCCUAAAUAUGACCUCUGCCAAGAUUGUUUCAUUUCUCUUGCAUCCCGAGGACAGCCUUCAUUCCCUUCAGAUUCGGAUUGAGUUUGAAACUGGAAUAAGUACUGGAAAUCAGGAACUGCUGUUGGAAACAGGGAUUUGCCUGGACCCUCGGAAACCUGCUUCUCAGUGUGUUAUUGAUGGCGUAAGAGGCUGGGAUAGCUACAUGGUCUAUUUGUUUGAUAAAAGUAAAACUGUCUAUGAUGGACCCUUUGCUUCUCGAAGUCUGUCUGACUGUGUAAAUUACAUUGUACAGGAUAGUAAAAUCCAACUGCCAAUUCCUCAGCUGCGCAAGGUAUGGGCAGAAGCAGUUCAUUACGUGAUUGGGCUAAAAGAAGAUUAUAGCAGACUUUUCCAGGGCCAGAGAGCUGCCAUACUCACAGAAUGGCUGAAGUUGGAAGGGACCUCUGGGGUUCACCCAGUCCAACCCCCGCUUGCUCAAGCAGAGUCACCUAGAGUUGGUUGCCCAGGACCAUGUCCAGACAGAUUUGAAAUAUCUCCAAGGAUGGAGACUCCACAAACUCCCUGGGCAGGCUGCGGCAGGGGCGGAGACGUCGUCAGAGAGGGAAGAAAGCGAAGAUCUUGGUGCAGACCGCGGAGAAACGGCGCCCCGUCGUCCAGGCGACACGCUGCUGCGGGUGGUGAGGGUCUGCGCCCCGCGGGUGACGCGAGGAUGACCAUGGCCCAGGCUGGAGCCCUAGCUGCGGCUGCCACGGGACUCCUCGUCUUCUUCCUGUACUCCUCUAUCCACAAGGUUGAGGAGGGGCACCUGGCUGUGUAUUACAGGGGUGGUGCAUUGUUAACUAGUCCGAGUGGACCGGGCUACCACAUCAUGCUCCCGUUCAUUACCACGUUCAAAUCCGUGCAGACCACAUUACAGACGGAUGAAGUGAAAAAUGUGCCUUGUGGGACAAGUGGUGGUGUUAUGAUCUACAUUGACCGGAUAGAAGUUGUGAAUAAAUUGGCACCGUAUGCAGUGUAUGAUAUUGUGAGAAACUACACUGCAGACUAUGAUAAGACCUUGAUCUUCAACAAAAUCCACCAUGAGCUGAAUCAGUUCUGCAGUGCCCAUACCCUGCAGGAAGUGUACAUUGAGCUGUUCGAUCAGAUAGAUGAGAAUCUGAAGUUGGCCCUGCAGAAAGAUCUCAAUGCCAUGGCACCUGGUCUCACUAUCCAGGCUGUGCGUGUUACAAAACCCAAAAUCCCAGAAGCCAUCCGAAGAAAUUUUGAGCUAAUGGAGGCUGAGAAGACCAAGCUGCUGAUCGCAGCCCAGAAGCAGAAGGUAGUAGAGAAGGAGGCAGAGACAGACCGGAAGAAAGCACUCAUUGAGGCAGAGAAGGCUGCUCAGGUGGCCAGGAUUCACUUUCAACAGAAGAUAAUGGAGAAGGAGACGGAGAAGCGAAUUUCUGAGAUUGAAGAUGCUGCGUUCCUAGCAAGAGAGAAAGCAAAAGCUGAUGCAGAAUACUACACUGCUCGGAAGCUGGCCGAUUCCAACAAGCUGAAACUUACCCCCGAGUAUCUGGAACUAAUGAAAUACCAAGCGAUAGCAGCGAACAGCAAGCUGUAUUUUGGUGACCGCAUCCCCAGUGUGUUUCUGGAUACCUCUGCCUUCCAGCAAGCCAAUCUGAGGACUGCCCAAGAACCAGCCUUCCUUCACAGGAGGCCCCGGAAACCUCUGGAGAAAGCCACCUCAGAGCAAAGGAAAGCACUGGCUGACAGAGGUAGAAGGGAUCCUGGUAUAGCUCAACAACUAGCCCAGCUGUGAAUGGGGGUGUUGCCCUGUGCUGGCGGGGCGAAUGCAGCACAUGCGUGGACAUCUUGUGUAUAGGUGGCAGUUGGGUUGAUUUUCUUCUAGCAACACAUUGCAAGUGCUCUGCCUCUUCCGUUUCUUCCCCUAUUAAAUUGGUGCUUCCAAAUGAGGGAUAAUCCUGUACUAACAUAACUAUACUGGAGUAUUAAAAGACAGACACCAGGAAAGCCUUCUGCAGUAGGUGAAAUUAUUUAGCAAGCAUUACUUUGGAGGUAAGAGAUGUGUCUUUGAAUGCUAUGUUGCUGCACACUGGUCAUUCCCCAGUGCUCCUCGCUGAGGCUGAGUGAAGAGGUUUCCUUCGUCCUACCGAUGAAGCUUCGCUUUGUGGACUCCCGAGGCAGGUUUCUGCCAGCGCUAACUCUCCUCAAGGACUGCAGUGGAGUGGGCUCUCCUUGGCCAGCGGAGGCGGUGUGUUCCUGCUCAGGGCAAGGCCUGGCAAGGAGUGGUUUGGCGUGGAAUAGGUUAUUUGAAUAGGUUCUGCAUAGCCAUAAUCUUUCCUGUAGGCAGUGGCGCUAGAUAGUAACUUGGAGCAAGCAAUCUCUAACAGGCUUCUGUAACUCCCCCUCUCCAAGCAAGAGCCUCGCGCUGGCUGCCCGUGACUGACUGUAGUAUGUUUCAGCUGGGUGGCUGGGUUUCAUCUUGCACCCUAAACCAGAUUUCAGAGUCCAUGCAGCAUCUCCAAGCAGCUGGCUGGGACAGAGCUGGGAAAUCUUUGCUCAGACCCCAGCUUCUAUGUAAGUCUUUUCACCAGGGAAAGGGGGCUGAAUUUCCGCUGCUCUGCCUUGCUGGCAAAGUGAAGAAUGAAGGGACCCCACUCUGCUGCAGAUCAGAUGUUUUGACACCUCAACUGUAAAGUAGGUGAGGCGUCACUGUUCCCUGGUGCAAAAUCCACGACUCCAAGAAGAAGUGGGACCUGCCUCAUGUGUCCUUGAACAGCUGCGGUGGGAGUGUGUUUGUGGUCCUCUCAUCACUGGCCAGGCUUUGCUGUGUUGCAGGGCUUUUGACUCGUGAGCAGUGAAGAUCUUUUCUUCUGGUGUGCAUUGUAACAUAUCCAGCCCCUGCUCCCCGUGUGCCAUGGCAGGCUGAGAGAAAGAGAUGUGCUCGGGGGAGAAAUCUGCUGGUGCAAUCUGCUUUCCUCUUUUCCUCUGUCCUCCCCCUUGCCUGUGAGGAUGUGCUUGUUUCUAGGACCUGUUUCUCGCUGUGUUCUGUGACGAUCCUGGAAGGCGACAGCUGGGGAAGCGAUUGAGAAGAGCUUGAGCUGGAGUGCCAUUCCCCAGCUGGUAGCACUGCAGCAUUGCCUGCCUCUGAACCUCCUAUGUGUUCAGAGACUGCCAGCCUGGGAUAUCUGUACGUUCAUCCUGCUUUCCUGUCCCCUUGGCUGCAGCCAGGUGCAGCGCUCGGCCCUGGCACAGUUCAUCAGACAGGCCAGGUGGUGGUGACACUCUGGGCACUUGGCUGGUUGGUGCUGGCGUUGAGAUCUUCUGUCCCUGGCACCAUCUGCAGCCUCACGGCAAGGGGAGGAACGUGCUUAGCUUUUGCCUUGGGGAAACACUCAACCCAAAACAAACAGCCUGAACUUCGCUUCUGCUAAUGAUUUCCCCAAACGAGUUGUGUGGGCUUCAGGCUUUUCAGUGCUGAUUUCCUCUCCUGCGUGGCUUGACUUGGAGGAUGGCAGAGUCUUUCCUUAAGGAAGUUUGGUAACAUACAGUGCCUUAUGCUGUCUCAACUCCUGCCCUGGCUGCCUCUCCUCCAUCUCUGGGGCAGACCCUGCCUCUCCUGCUGCUGGCCAGCUUGGGUAAUACAUGAUUGCAGGAAUUUGCAGCAGUUUCGGGUGGUCUUUCUUUCCCCCAUCUGUCAGCAGACUCCCAAGGCCCAGUUGGUGCUCGGUUCCAAGAUACCAGUUCCUCUUCAAACACAGCCAUGGUAGGAGCCAGGGACCAGGACCCUGCCCCAUUGAGAGGCCAGCUGAAGUUGCUGAGCACCGGUCCCAGCUUCCAGGGAGGUCAUGGGUAAAGCAUGCCGCCUUGUGCUCUGAGGGUGAGGGGAAGGGUACUGUUGUUGCCAGGAGGAGAGUUUUUCUCCAUUUUUCAGGGUACACGCCUGGCGCACAAGGGUUGUGGCACAGCCACGUGCCUUGCAGAUCCCAGCCUCGGGAGCACUCUUCACCUGCCAAAGGCUUCGGCAAACUUCUGGUGAAGAGCAGCCUUCAAAGGACACUGGGUGGGCAGAGGAGCAGGAAGGAUGUCUGCAUGUCGUGCUGGAAGGCAGCUUGGCCAGCAGGCAGGGCAGAGCUGAAAACCCAUGGCGGAUGACAUUAGAGGAGUGGGCAGGCACAGCAUUAGCCCCGUUAGACCCUGCAGUGCCCUCCCCAGGGGAAGGGGGGUACCAGGACAGGAGGAGACGGCAGCGUAUCUUGUAGCUGUGGUGUUUGAAAUGUCUCCUAGAAGUACUGUUUGACUUGCAAGGUCCCAUUUCUCCUGUGGGAAGGGCUUUGAGGAGCAAGUGGAGUUGUAUCUCUUUGACCCUCCACCUCCUUGGUGUUGCUGGCUGCAGCAGUUGCUUUGGUUGAAUUCUGAGACGAAGGCAGGCUUUUUCGAGCAGAAGCACUCCUGGGGGAGUUGUAGACUUGUCUCCAUGUGGUACUUGCUGGCAUUGGGCACUACCCAGUGCUGGCAUCAAACCCCAGGCGUCAGGCAGAGUGGACAGGUUAAGUUCUGCCAGCCUGGGAAUGACAAGAAGCAAGGGCGCAAGGGCAACCACUAGAAGCAAUAACCAGGCAGCUCACGUUCUGUGCAGGGAGCAGGAAAGCCUUCCAGGCCACUGCAGGAAGGGCUGCUUCCCUGUGGAUCUGAGCCUUGCUGGGCCUCCCUGCAGCCAUCCAGGUGGAUGCAUGGCUUUGCCAUUAGUGGCUGUCACUCUGGCUGAAUGUCAUCCUGCUCUGGUUGGGUAUGCAUCAGCCAUCUCAUGCCUGCAUGGUCUGAGGCAGACCUGGGGAUGCUGCUGCGCUUUGAAGUCCUGCAGCACCACAUGGGUGAUGCUCGGUGCCUUCUGCAAAGCCUCCUCCAUCCCUCUCUGCUUUCCCAGCCACCACUUCAGAAGCCUGAGUAGGUGCAGGAGGAGGGAAUUGCCAAGGCUUUAACACCCCACUCUGGCCUUUGCUCCUGUCUGAGAUGGGAGCUGUGGAGCAGGAACAUGGGUGUGUCCUGGAACGUGGUUUUGAACUGUUUUUUCUCCCCAUUUGAAAGGCCUGUGUGCCCGUGUGACUAAAGGGGUCUGCCACUGGAUCUGCACCUUCUUUAAGGAAACACAAUACAUAUGUUCAAGUUUACAUGCAUAGUGUUAAGUUCUUUUGA